AUGAGAAUUGUUCUUGAAAUAUUCACUAUGUUGAGCCUGCUGAUUCCAGCUGCCAACAUGUACUCAGAUGGCAUUUGGGGAAACCUGAAGGAUACCUGUGGCCACUUGGCAUGGAAUAGGGCUGAUGAUGAUUUUUUUCAUGAACUUCCAGAAACUUUUCCUUCUGAUCCUCCAGAGCCAUUGCCCCACUUUCUCAUUGAACCCGAAGAAGCUUACAUAGUGAAAAACAAGCCUGUGAAUCUGUACUGCAAAGCAAGCCCAGCCACACAGAUCUAUUUUAAGUGCAACAGUGAAUGGGUUCAUCAGAAGGACCAUGUGGUGGAUGAGAGAGUAGAUGAAACCUCUGGUCUGAUUGUCCGUGAGGUGAGCAUCGAGAUUUCCCGCCAGCAGGUGGAGGAGCUCUUUGGGCCCGAGGACUACUGGUGCCAGUGCGUCGCCUGGAGCUCAGCUGGCACCACCAAGAGCCGCAAGGCCUACGUCCGCAUUGCAUAUCUCAGGAAGACUUUUGAGCAGGAGCCCCUGGGGAAAGAAGUGUCCCUGGAGCAAGAGGUCCUGCUCCAGUGCCGUCCUCCUGAAGGCAUUCCAGUAGCUGAGGUGGAGUGGCUGAAGAAUGAAGAGGUGAUUGAUCCUGUGGAAGACCGAAAUUUUUAUAUCACCAUUGAUCACAAUCUGAUCAUCAAGCAAGCCCGGCUUUCUGACACAGCCAACUACACUUGUGUUGCCAAAAACAUUGUGGCCAAAAGGAAAAGCACUACAGCAACUGUGAUCGUCUAUGUGAAUGGAGGCUGGUCUACCUGGACUGAGUGGUCGAUGUGCAACAGCCGCUGUGGGAGAGGCUUCCAGAAGCGCACAAGGACUUGCACUAACCCUGCCCCACUCAAUGGGGGGGCUUUCUGCGAGGGGCAAAACGUUCAGAAAAUAGCUUGCACCACCCUGUGUCCAGUUGAUGGCAAAUGGACAUCCUGGAGCAAGUGGUCCACUUGUGGCACAGAGUGUACCCACUGGCGCCGGAGGGAGUGCACAGCCCCAGCCCCAAAGAAUGGAGGCAAGGACUGCGAUGGAUUGGUGCUACAGUCCAAGAACUGCACCGACGGGCUCUGCAUGCAGGGUUUCAUUUAUCCUAUUUCAACUGAACAGAGAACCCAGAAUGAAUAUGGAUUUUCUUCUGCACCUGACUCGGAUGAUGUUGCUCUCUACGUGGGGAUUGUCAUUGCUGUGAUCGUGUGCCUGGCUAUUUCUGUGGUUGUGGCCCUGUUUGUCUAUCGCAAGAACCACCGUGACUUUGAGUCAGAUAUUAUCGACUCGUCGGCACUAAAUGGGGGAUUUCAGCCUGUUAACAUCAAGGCUGCAAGGCAAGACCUCUUGGCAGUGCCACCAGACCUCACUUCUGCUGCAGCCAUGUACAGGGGUCCUGUGUAUGCCUUGCAUGAUGUCUCUGAUAAAAUUCCAAUGACCAAUUCUCCGAUCCUGGACCCACUGCCCAAUCUGAAGAUCAAAGUUUAUAAUACCUCUGGAGCAGUCACCCCCCAGGAUGAACUCUCUGACUUCUCCUCCAAGCUGUCCCCACAGAUUACCCAGUCUCUGUUGGAGAAUGAGACAUUGAACUUGAAGAACCAAAGCCUUGCACGGCAAACAGACCCAUCCUGCACUGCAUUUGGGACCUUCAACUCCUUAGGGGGCCACCUAGUAAUUCCCAAUUCAGGAGUGAGUUUGCUGAUCCCAGCAGGGGCUGUUCCCCAAGGAAGAGUCUAUGAAAUGUAUGUGACAGUCCACAGGAAGGAGAGCAUGAGACCACCUGUAGAAGACAGCCAGACUCUGCUGACACCAGUGGUGAGCUGUGGCCCACCAGGAGCGCUGCUGACACGACCUGUUGUGCUGACCAUGCACCACUGUGCUGAGCCCAACAUGGAUGACUGGCAGAUCCAGCUCAAGCACCAGGCAGCCCAGGGACCAUGGGAGGAUGUAGUGGUGGUCGGGGAGGAAAACUUCACUACUCCGUGCUAUAUUCAGCUGGACCCAGAGGCCUGUCAUAUCCUGACAGAAACCCUCAGCACGUAUGCCUUGGUGGGACAGUCCAUCACCAAAGCAGCAGCCAAACGUCUCAAACUGGCCAUCUUUGGACCACUGUCCUGCUCCUCACUGGAGUACAGCAUCCGCGUCUACUGCCUUGAUGACACACAGGAUGCCCUGAAGGAGGUCCUCCAGCUUGAGCGGCAAAUGGGUGGGCAGCUGUUGGAGGAACCCAAAACUUUGCAUUUUAAGGGAAGUACCCACAAUCUCCGCUUAUCCAUUCAUGACAUUGCCCACUCACUCUGGAAGAGCAAACUGCUGGCUAAAUACCAGGAGAUUUCUUUUUACCACAUCUGGAGUGGGUGCCAGAGGAACCUGCACUGCACCUUCACGCUGGAACGAUUCAGCCUCAAUACCCUGGAGCUCGUCUGCAAACUCUGUGUACGGCAAGUCGAAGGAGAAGGGCAGAUCUUCCAGCUAAACUGCUCAGUAUCAGAGGAACCCACUGGCAUUGAUUAUCCCAUCAUGGACUCAGCAGGCAGCAUCACAACGAUAGUUGGGCCCAAUGCUUUCAGCAUCCCACUCCCAAUAAGGCAGAAGCUCUGCAGCAGCCUGGAUGCACCCCAGACCCGGGGCCAUGACUGGAGAAUGUUGGCCCACAAGCUGAAACUGGACAGGUACCUAAAUUAUUUUGCUACAAAAUCAAGUCCCACCGGGGUUAUCCUGGAUCUCUGGGAAGCCCAGAAUUUCCCUGAUGGCAACCUGAGCAUGCUGGCAGCAGUGCUGGAAGAAAUGGGACGACACGAAACCGUCGUUUCUUUAGCAGCAGAAGGAAAUUACUGAUGCAGCCUUGGCAUGAACAGGAAGGACAGACACAGGGAGCGGUAAUGCCCCGUUAUUGCAAGUGUUUGAAAUGAAAACCCAGACCAAUGAGUUACACAAGAGACAUUUCAGAGAAGAAAGCAAGCAAACAAACAGAAAAAUAUACAGCCCUGACCUUCACAUGUGCUCUCCUUGUACAUUAUCACAGGAUCUAAAAGAAAUCAUGCAAAGUUGUACCUUGAAAAUAUAAAUCAACCUAAUGUUCCUCUUGGCUUGGCUGUACACUGCUUGGUACAGGAUUUUACAGUUUCCUAGGAAACGCUUUUUAUUGCUAUCCAGAUAUAUGGAUAAACUUUCUUAACAAUCCCAGUUUCUAUGGAUGUUGUUUACAUCAAAUUCUGGACAGGGAUAAGGAGACUGUCCAUGGCUCUUUAUAUUUUUUGUUCAAAGCCAUUCUAGACAAGGCUGUGGACAGUUGGUUGUGGCUAUUUCAGAUUAUUGUUUUCUGGUGAAUUCAGAUUUUGGCUACAAUUCUGAAUAUUGAUUGUCUCACAAUGAUCCUCCUGUCAUUAUUCUGUUUCCUAGACCUACCUAGUAAAAAAAAAAAAAAAAAAAAAAAAAAAUCAGUGUUUAAGAGGCAUGUAUCUGGAAAGCAGGUACUCUGGGUGCUAAGCAGGAACACAUAUACCAUUCCCAUCUUUCCCGGAAGGGAGCCCCCACUGAGCCUUGGUGGAAAAUGGCUGUAAGACAGUGGAACUAUAGGGUAGGAGUCAAUUUCCAAUUCAGAGUGGUUAGGGGGAAAAAAACAAACAAACAAACAAAAGCCUGAAAAGAGAAUUUGCUAUGAUAAUUAUUUACUUAUUAGUAUCUAGUGCAAGGAUUAUAAUAAUUAUUAUUAUUAUCAUUAUUACUUUAUUUGUAGUUUUGCCAGCAACAGGAUAAGUUGUUCCCAUUUUUAUUGAACUUACUGUCCCCUUCCUGAAAGUCUUCUAAGAAGCUUUCCUCUAUAUGCUGUCUGUCCUUCCCUUCUCCAGUCAUCCCUCCAGAGUCCUCUGCUAGCAGAGAAGGGGUGGUCAUUUCAUGUUAGCCUUGCUGUGCAUAAUGCUUGAUGCAAAAAGGGUAUAAAAAAAACUGGUAAUGCUUCACUGAAGACAGUGAUCUGAACCUAGUGGGGAUGUUUGGCAUCUGCUUGGUCUGCUAGUACUCCAAGAAGUAAUCUGGUUCCUAGGUGCCUGCAAUAGCUUGGCCAACCCCCUUACAGUCUCCCAGGCCAAAUACACAGAGCCCACUGGUUCAGAAGAACAAGUGCAAGCAUGUGGAGGCACUGAUGCUGCCUACCUGAUUUGUGUGCCAACUGCAUGAGGCUCACUCAGCACAUCUCUUACUCUCCUCCUGAGCCAGAAGCCAUGACAAGGGUCGAGUGGUGAAAUGGUCAACCCAUGCCUUGCAGCUUUUUGCCUGGGCAGUGUGUUGCAGGUCCCUGCUAGCCUGUUGGAUGCAUUUGGUCCUCUGCUACACCCCUCUUGGCUGCUGCAAGCUGGUGGAAUGGGAACUUGGCAAGAGGACCUUACUAUUAUUUUUAUCAGUUGUCACUGCAAACCUAUUUCAUUUUCUGCUCUGUAAAAGACUGACCUUUCAAUACACCACAGCACACAAGAUUGCAAUGGUUUAAUUUACAGUCCUGUUUGUCUGCAAGGAAUUCUUUCAUUUCUAUCCCAUCAGCUCCAGGUUUAAACCAGGCCCUGGUUAUUGCUAUUGUGCGCCAACAGCCACCUCCAUCCAUGCAUAUAUUCCCACUUAGUGUUCUUCCUCAGACUUGAGUUCUUUUUGUUUAGUUUUGUUUUGUUUUGUUUUUGUGUGCUUUACCCAAGGCUUUCAAAAGUGUGCCUUUAAAGGUAACUUUGAAAAUGUCAUUGGUAAAAAUUAAAGGAAAAUUUCAUGUGAGCUUUCUCCCAUUUAACCUUUCCAUGGGCUUGGGACAUGUUUUUUUUUUUAAUUUCUCAGCUCUCUGACACCAGUGAUACUUUCUUUACACACUGAGCAGUGAUCACAAAGCACUCAUUUUCUCAGUCGUUAGCCAGCAGUAUGCAAAUCAGACUUCCAGUCAAAUCCAGGGACUUGAGGACAUAAAUUUUAACUUUCAUCAUGAGUUCAAAGUUACACAUUUUGCCUGUGUAAAUCUGUGUUCUUACCAGAACAGGGAGAUGCUGAGGGCAUCUUUUUCACAACCAACCAUCUUGUUUCUUACGCUGUGCAUUGCAGUGCUAAUGGGAAUCUUGCUUUCGACCUCACGAGGCUUUGACCAGGGCUUACAGCUCUGCCUUUUCCUACAUUUUUUUAUCCACCUUAAAGCUGUAGGUCUUAGCUUUCCUCCCUCCUGUUCCAUCUUCAGAUGUAAGUAGCUGUAUCUAAUGUGCGCUUCUUCACCCUUCCCAUGCAUUCUUCCUGUGGAACUCCUUUCCCAGGACAGGUGCAUGACCUGGACUUUCUUUCAGUUCCUUCCUCUUUUACCUGUCUUUGUUUGCUCACAUCUAGGCUCACUUGUACUCCCAGCUAUGAGCUCUUGAUAGGUGUGAAAUGCAUGCACCCUUGUCACUGGGCCUUGUGAGGAAGCGCCUCAGAGUUAACUGGUUCACUUCAAGACUUCUUUCUGUGUGAGCUAUUUGACCUACUCUUUCAAUAUCCACUUCAAGAAAAAUAGAUGAGUAAUAUUCUUAAAAGAUUCUGAAUUUUGGGCAUUAUCCUAAUGCUGUUUUGCUGUAAAGAGGAUUUACUGAGAGGUAGGAGGAUCCACAAUGAAUGGUAGUGAAGAAUAUCACUGCCUGACAGGGCAAUGGCAUCACCAUCACCAGGAGAUGGAGCUGGUCUUCUUCCAUCCAGACUGGUAAAAACUUGCUGCGGUCACAAACGGGACAGUUUCUCUGUCCAGUUCUCCAUCUGCCUUUGCAGGGAAUCUGUGAGCUGCCUUUUGUUUGUUUCAUGGAUCCACACCUCAUCGCCACCACUGCUCACAUGAGCUCCCACUCCAACUAAAGCUAUUUUCUUUCUUUCUCUUUUUUUUUAAUUUCUCCCAGUCUCGUAGGCAGAGCCUGGUGACGCUGUGCAGCAGGGGAGUAGACCCCGUGGCAUCCCCCCACAGGAGGAGGGUGGGCAGCAAGUCCAGCUGGCUGACAACGAUGUCAUGUUGUGUGGGAGGCCGUGCGGUGUGGGCACACUGCCAUCUCGUGGGGCAGAGCCCUGAGAGGAAGGCCACACUGCUCCGUUAACUGGAGAAACACUGUCUGGGAAAAGGCUGUCCCAUCAUUUGGGCUGAGUUUGGCAGAUCGAGCAAAUGCUUAGAGAUCACUGUAACAUCGCUGCUACAUUUGCUCAGGGACAUGAUCUAGCAGAGGGUUGUUAGGGUUAGAGUACUUUAGUUAGGUUGUGGUUGGACUCAAUGAUCUUUAAGGUCUUUUCCAACAUCAGCAAUUCUAUGAUUCUAACAUUUUAUGUCAGGUGAGCGCAUUUGUUUUUGGAAACGGCUGCAGGCUUCUUAUCCUCCAGUUAUUGCUACUUUUUAAAAUGCUUAUCCUUUCAGUUGUCUACCACAUGCUGUAUCAGUUUUGCUGCCCUUCAUACCAUCUCUUUGUUAAGUACAUGCUGAUUGCUAGUGAUAUUAAUAAUAUAUAUAUUAUAUAAAUAUAUAUAUAAUUCCUACUGAUUUCAAGGAAAAUCUUUGACUUCUGAGUUAGAAAGGCUGCUGGAGACAGUCCUUUUUACCCAAUUUUCUUCAGUUCUUCUUGUGUUAUGUUCUUGUAAAGGUGGCUGUUAGUGUACGGAGUAAAAGUUGUUUGGGGUUUCUUUUUUUUUGUUUUGUUUUUGUUUUUUCAUUUUUAAAUCUAUUAAUAGCUGAUCUUUGCAUCACGCUGAACAGUACAAGACUUGAAAGCUGUUGUACUGAAUCCUGAAAGUUGUGAGACAAGUUUUGAGUCAAGAUUUGCUUCUCUGGGAUACUGAGGCUCUUUUUUCAUUCAUUGACAGAAAUGCAGACACUCUUGAGACAUGUUGGAGUCUGGGAUGUACACAGAGCAAAACAUGUCUGUUGCUUGGGUUUUUUUGCUAUUUUUGUUGCUUAUAUGUAGAAUAAAUCUAUUUACGUGUUGUAAGCCCAUCACUGUGGACAGUCCUAAUGUCUUGUAUCGCUACCUGAAAUUGUUUCUUUUGUGUUCUUCUUUUCUUCUUGUUUUGGGGGUGGGGUGGUAUGGGGAAGGAGUAGGGGGACCUUUAGACUCUUGUGUGCUCUAGCCAAGUAGGUACUGCAGCCCAGAGAUUAAUUUUAAACAAGAUGAUACUGUUGAGUUUUUGCUCCUGUGCCAAGGGCACUUUGUAAACUAUCUUCCCGAGUGUUCAGAAGUCUUUUCAGCUAUUGCUUGGGCUCUUUGUCUGGCCCCAGAAUUACUGUUUGCAGGGUGGCUCCCUUAGUCAGUACAAAGGUAUGAGUGAAUUGUGAAUGAAAACCAAAUCUUUGGCCCUUCUCCCACAAGGGCUCCAAUGAGAUAUUGCCUAUGGGAUCACCACCACAAUUCACUCCUAGCUUGUGUGUGAAAUCUUGAGUUCAUAAACUGAGCUACACUGCAGACUUUCAAAUGCUGAAGGAUGCAUCUCUGACGUUCUUUGAGGUGGGAUUUCCACAGUAAUGCAAAGUGUGUGUAUGUACAUACAUACAUAGAGAAGUGAAAAUAAAGGAUAUCUAGCGUGGGAAGCUUUUAGCUCAAGUUAGUCACAGGCAUCCUCUUAAGACCAACUUUUGCUUGGGAAGCUGAAGGUCAAAAUUCAGUGCUAUAUUAUCACUGCAAGGUCAGAUGAUAGGCAGUACUGCAAGAGAAAACAGUUGUUUAAAAACUGACACAGAAGUAGAGUUGGUCUUGAAUCAAAGCCACAGAAGUUAGCUCUCAAGUUUAGUAGGUCAAGCUCCUUGCUUGAAAGAGAAUCAUUCCAUUUCUUUACCUACCUGUGCUUUAUUUAAGCUUGGCCCAUGUUCCCUGAAUUUUGAAAAUCCCUUUAUAUGAAAGUCCUUCAAUAAGCUCUGACUGUAUAAAAAAGCAUAGAUAACUCAGAGUUCCCACUAACCUCUAUCACUGAAUAGGUAUCCCACAUUUUCUGUGAUGCUGGUUAAGUGUAUUUAAUAGUGCUUGAGUCUCCUUGACUGUAAUCAAAGAAAUAAUAGCUGUGUGUACCACACCCUGGGUCUGGUCUUUUCUCCAAGAGCAUCCUGUAGACGCGGCAGGCACAUAGCUUCUAGAUGGCCUGAAGAAGCGGAAUGUCACCUAUGAUCUCUCAGGGACAUCCUACAGCAGUGAGGUGCCCCUCACAGUCUUGCAUGCUGGUCUCCAGCUGUCGGCUUGCAGCUGGUGGGACAAUAGCCCAUAGAUGAGACAAGCUUGCACAGCCUCUUUGGUUGCUGCCAGCUGGCUCUUGCUACAGUUUGCCAUAAAUUUAAGAACUUAAACAAGAAUAAAAGCAAAAAUCAGCUUGGAAAGUAAACAAAAUUACAAAGAAUGAAAAGCAAAACAGUUUUCUCCCAUUGAUCGUACAGGCCUGCUUUGCAUAAAAGC